AACAAAUUCUCUCCAAACAUGGCUGUCACAAAUUCAGGAGUGGAAUAUCGAGAAAGGGUUUGCGGUGGCUGUCUUGUGAUAUUAUACACAUAUUAAAGGAGAUUCAUGACCCGACCGUCAAGGCGUCAAAUAGGAUGAAAUAGCCGUCGCGCUCUCCUUUAUACUAGUAAAGUAUGUCACAUCAUUGAGGUAUGGCAGCUAGCAAAGAUCAAGUUGAAGAACUCUGUCCUCAUAUAACUCUAACAGAUGUUGGAAAAUACUCUUUGGCACAACUUUGUGUGUACAUUUUGUCUAAUAUAAAUGAAACCCAAUCCGAUGUUGUUUGGUCUCAAUCAUAUAUUUCAAAAAUUGUUGAAGAUUUAGGUCUGCCCUUGUCUGUAGCAACAUCGUUCCAUUUGAUGCUAGAUGAAACCGAGGGAAGUGAGGAUGAUAAAAACAUUGAACUAUUGGUAAAUACUCUAAAAGAUGAGGCAAGUCUUAGUGAGGACAUCAGUUUAUUGGGUCAGGAAUUGAUUCGUUUAUCCAUAAAGCAAGGAGGCUAUGAUGCAAGAGCAAGGGUUUUGAUUUAUAUUUUUGCAUGUAAAUUGGGAACAAGAGAAGAGGAGAUUGAAUCAUAUGAAGAUGACUUAGCAGAUCGUUUGAAUGUUCUUAUUGAACAAGAUACAGAAGUUCAUGAAGAAGCUGACAAAAGGAAGUCGUACAGGAAAAAGAAAAAAGCAUUUAUGAUAGGGCUUGGGGUUGUUGCAGGUGGAGCAAUUAUUGGACUAACUGGAGGAUUAGCUGCUCCUGUUGUUGCUGCAAGUGCAGGUGCAUUGAUUGGAGGAGGGGGAGCAACAUUCUUAGCCUCAUCUGCUGGAAUAGCAUUUAUCACAUCUGUAUUUGGAGCAACAGGUGCAGGUCUAACCGGUUAUAAGAUGAGUCGACGUGUUGGUAUGACUGAGGAGUUUAGUUUUUUACAUCUGUCCGACUGUAUGCACCGUUUGCACGUGACAAUAUGUGUAUCUGGCUGGCUAAUGGAAAGUGGCACUGUAGAGUUUAUCACCCAGUGGUCAGCACUUUCACCAUCACUAGAAGCUUACUCAUUAGUGUGGGAAAGUAAAUUCUUGUUAGAAUUGGGCUCAGCAAUUCGGGAUAUAAUUACGACGAAUGUGUUAGGUACAGCAGCAACAGAAGCUCUCAAAUAUACUGUUUUGCAAGGUAUCAUGGCAGCUAUUGCAUGGCCUGUCACUCUAUUGAGUGCUGCGUACUUGAUCGAUAAUCCCUGGAGUGUGUGUGCUAGCCGUGCUAAAGAAGUUGGCAAAGAACUAGCACGAGUUCUAUUAUUACGCAAUCAAGGAAAACGCCCAGUAAAUCUGGUUGGUUUCAGCCUGGGUGCACGUGUAAUAUACUAUUGUUUGGAAGAGCUCAGUGCACACGCUGACUCCGGGGGAAUAGUUCAGAAUGUGAUAGUACUCGGAGCACCAGUAAGCGGAAAUGCUGACAAGUGGCAAAGACUUACAGAUGUUGUUGCUGGUACAAUUUUUAACGGGUUUUGCCGUAAAGAUUGGUUCCUGAGAUUCAUCUAUAGAGCUUCUUCAUUGCGUGCUUCCAUUGCUGGUUUAUGCGAGAUUCCUUGGAAGAGCAAGAAGAUGAUCAACCUUGAUCUCACUGAAAUCAUUAACGGUCAUAUGGACUAUUCUGAUCCUGAAAAUCUAAGAAUAAUUUUUGAAAUGAUCGGAGUAAGAACGAACAGCAAUAAAAGGCGAUUAUCCAUUGAUUCCAAAGAGGAUUCUACGUAUUGUUUUGUUGAUCAUAUGCCAGAGAAGCAAACAGAUACUGCCAGCAACACUCCUGUCGCUGAAGAUAUCACUUAGUGUAUUAAAACAACAUGUUGAAGAACAAUGGCAUUCUCUGUUUGAAGCUUAAUUCUGACAAUCGGACAUCUGACAAUGAAACUGUUAAUAGCUAAGUUGUAAAACAUAAACGUGGACAAAAGCAAUUGUAAAACAUAGCCAUAUGGUAAGAGUUAGAUUUACCCAUCCUUUUCUCCAUGUUUUAACGGAAGAAACCGUCAUUAGGCGGAAGAAUGACAGACUGCUUUAAUAGAUAAAGGCUCGUCUGCGGGCGUUUUAUCAACAGCCACAGAUAAAGGCUCAUUUGCGGACAUUUCACCAACGGAUUUCCUGAAGUAGGUCAACAACAACUUAGUGUGACUAAAGCUAUAAAAGCAUUACAAGGAAUCAAGUUCCAUCAGGCUACUGAACAUUGUCAUUGCUGACAUCGCAGUAAUACCGUUUAUGGCUUCUCUUUUAAACUUUUGCCUUGCAAAUAUGUGUGGGUUUUAAUAAAUGUGAGGGGUUGCAUAUGAUAU